AUGGCCGAUUCGAGGCCGAUCGCCCCAGGUCGCUUGAUUCUGGUGUGGUACGGGGGCGGGGAGGCGUACUGGCACGAGCGCCUCCUGCUCUGCAAGGUGCGGGGAACGACGUGGGUCAUCGUCACUCCUGAUGGCGAUGUCUAUCCAGAGGACAUCCGGGCCCUCGGAGGCACGCCUUGCCUGCAAGGGUCUGUGCCACCGGCGAUCCCCGCCAACGCUCUGCUGCACAGGUUCCCGCCGCUCGGCCAGCUGCACACGGCGGCGGAGUGGCGACAGAUCUUCGACGACGGGAUCGCGACCGCCCAGAUGGAGAGGGCGGGGCUGGGCAUCGACGACGACGCUGCUGAUGCUGAGUCUGGUGCUGUGCGUGAUCGGGUGGGUCAACAUGGCUGGACCGCCGGGACGGGCCUGCCGGCUGGACCGCCGCCCGCUGGAGCCGGCGCCGGGGCCGGGGCUCUGGUGGCAGACGUGGGCGCGGCUCCCGCGGCCGACGGCCUGGCCGCCCCGCCUGCUGUACCGCUCGCCGCCGUGGGUGGGGGCGCCGCCAUCCCGGGGGCUGGAGCAGCCAUGGGGGCAGUGGUGGCGCCCGGAGGCGGUCCCGCCCCUGGCAUGCAGUGGAUCGUGGUGGCGAACGACGGCCAGCCGGGGGCGCCCUCCAUCGGGUCCGACUGGAGCGUGGACGCCACGGCCAGUGUCAUGGGCAAGUUCGCGCUGGUCAAGCUUGGGACGGCCACCCUCGUGCUGGAGAGCAUCGCGGUCGGCAACAAGAAGAAUGUGCUGGUCUCGAGGAAGGGCGAGCUCGAGCAGGCGGUGGACCGAGCUUCUGGGCCCGGUCUGCCAGGAGCUGGCCUCGGACCUCAAGCGAAUGGAGACGGGCCGGCGGUUGCAGUGCCGCUCAAGUCUGCUGACGCUCGAGUGCUGCCCGUGCUGUGCGACCAGACGGGCCAGAGGUUCAGGGCCUACACUAAUGCCGUCGGGCUGCUGGAGGAGCCACGGUUCGACGACUUCCCGGUGGUUGGCCCAAGAACGACUCUCUGGCUGUGCAAGUUCAUCAGAGACCAGGGGAGCGUGCCCCGCACCAGGACCGAGAAGUGGAUGCGAGACGCCCAUGUGCCGGACAACGACAGAGUCAAGCACGAGCAUGGCAGUCUCAUGGAGAUUCUUGAGACAGCGCUCACAUAUGACCAGCUGGACGUGUCUGCCCUCGCCUCUUUCGAGAUCCUGUCGAGGAGGAUUCAGCUGCUGGAGGAGGCGUACACGUCCAACCCGAAGGCGCCGCGGUUCGAGGGGAGCGAGCACUUCCAGGGCCUUGGCAGGAAAGUCGCGGCCGCGGCGCCGCUACUCACCUCGCACGUGGCGUUGCAGCUCCAAGGCGAGGCUGCGAUCCAGAAAGGACGACGCAAGGCAUGGCGGACGGUCGACAGCGUGACCUUCUACCCCUGCCUCGACUUCAGGAUUGGGAAGGCCCUCGUAGCUCACUCAGUCGUGGCGUUCAACAACGUAUUUGCCGCCGUGCUUGGAUCGACAGGCGCGCCGACGAGAAUUUUUUGGGGUCUCAACGAGCUCGGGGGCUUCGGUUACAAGUCGCCCAGCGGUCCUGGUGGUGAGCAGGCGCGUGCUGCUGCUGCCCUGGCUCGUGAAGCGGUUGAAGCUGUGCCCUUGCCUAAGGAGAGACCCGCUCCGCAAGAAGCCCUCGCGGCGCUUCUGCGCACAGACGCCCGCUAUGGUGACAGCGAGUGUGCCGGGAACAUUGCACCGUUUGGCUCGGCUUCAGCGUCUCCGCCGAGUCGCGACCUGCACGGGGUGGACAUCUACAACGUUCUGCCCUCGGACGCGUCGCACAAGUUUAAGCGGCUUCGCGACACCAUCCUUCUCAGUGGCGAGGAGCGUGCAUUGCGCAUCAAGAGCGAGGGACUGCCCAAUCCUUACUUUGACCCAGUGCUGGAGGCACAUCCUGCGAAGUGGGAGGGUUUUUGUCGGGAUCUGCGUGACAGGGGACUGGUGCGCUGCCUUGAUAUUAAGGACUACCUCCACGAGCUCAGGAUCGAUGAGGAACUAUCUCAGUACCUUGCUCUACCAGCAGUCCGUGCCGCGGCUGUGGGGGUGGAGAGCAUCAAUGGUAUCAUGGUUGGUCCCAGCGAGCUCUUCUACCCGGGGGGGCCUGUUCAGCUGACAUGCGUCGACAACUUCGGGGUCUUCGGCUGUGACAAGGCCGAGGUUGAGGCCACGCAUCGCCAGGCUCUCGAAGGCAUUCGGCACGCAGGCUUUCACGCGCAUGAGAUCGAGCAGUUCAGCACUUCUUUGGACAUCGUGGGAGCGCACCUCGAUGGGGGCAAGAAGGCGGUCAGACUAUCCCCCGCCAGAGCGUGGCAACUGUACUCGGGGCUACAUGCUCGCGCACGACGCGGGCGCUGCACUGGGAGGGAGAUGCGAGCCACACUUGGGCACCUCUGCUUCGCUUUCUUGCUUCGGCGCCCCUGUCUGUCCUGCAUCGCGGCCCCCUUUGCCUUUGCCGAGGCUGCAGGAGGGGGGCCAAAGAACCUCUGGCGGAGCGUCAAGAGGGAGCUCCUCAUCGCCGCUGCCCUCCUGCCGCUGGUCCACGCCGACAUCGGGGCGGGCUGGCUCGACCAGGUGGUUGCGACGGAUGCUUGCGAUACUGGGCUUGGCGCCUGCGCUGCUGAAUGGGGCUCUCCAGAUAUACGAAUCACGGGCAGCUACGACGAGCGCUGGAGGUUCAAGAAGGAGGCGAGGGGCGCCAAGCUCGGGUUCAAGCACGUGGUUCGUUGCGGGCGCUGGCGGCACAGCAAGGUGCUCAUGCUGGUGGACAGUAUGUCACUCACGCUGGCCAUGCAGUCAAUCCUGCUGAUCAACCUUCGCGGCUUUGGGAACCUGCAGCUGCUGCUCUGGGCCAUGCAUGGCGUCCUCCUCCUGGACUCCCCCAUCCUGAUGACGGGCGCGGUGUCGAGGGCGCAUGCGACGGGGCGCAGAGUGGCGACAGGCAUCGCGACACGCAACGUGACGGAGCGGGUCGAGGUCGAGGAUUACCACAGGCGGAUCGAGGAGUUCUACGAGUACGCCCGCCGCCAGGGCUUGGACGUCAGCACCCUGGGCCCCACCAAGACGGGCAUCUACGACGACAACGUGACGAUGGACCACGAGAACUUGCAGUUCCUCGGCCACUUCUUCAAGCUGUACCGCCAGGAGAGGGGGACGAGCGACUCGCUGUGGGGCCUGACGCAGGCGGAGUUCGGGGCCAUGGUCGCGAAGGCGCUGAAGGUGUGCCGGCUCGAGGGCCUGGGGAUCGUCCCCUACGGCCUUCGGCGCGCAGGCCAGUCGUGGGACGUCAUCACGGGCAAAAGGUCUCAGGUGAAGCAUGAGCUCUCGCAUCAGGCACGAGAAACCAGCAAGGUCAACUUCCUGCCCGUGGGCCUAGACGACAGCGUCCAGGAGUACCUCUGGCUCUGCACGGCGCACCCUGGAGACAUCCUCCUCGGCGCGCGAGGCGACCUUUUCCUCAACAUCUUCGCUGGUUCCGAGGGAGUCGGCAAGACGGUGGCGAGGUGUGGCAUCUCGUCGCCAGAGAUACAGCUCGAGCCUGAAAUCGACAUUUUUGCGCCUGGAAUAAUAAAGGCACUUCUGAAGUUGAUCCGCUCGGGCCGCUUUUUGAAGCACAUCGCAGAAUCCAAGUUCGCUGAGUCCGUUGUUUUCGACCUGUGCCAGUUCACGACUGACUUCAGGAAGCGGACCACCAUCUUGUAUUGCCAAAACAUUUCUGAGAUUCGGGACCUCUUGAUGGUGAUUGGGGACAUAGAGCAGUAG